CCACUCAAGGCGGACAGUGCCGCGGCCAUCCCACUCAAGACGGACAGUGCCGCGGCCAUCCCACUCAAGACGGACAGUGCCGCGGCCAUCCCACUCAAGACGGACAGUGCCGCGGCCAUCCCACUCAAGACGGACAGUGCCGCGGCCAUCCCACUCAAGACGGACAGUGCCGCGGCCAUCCCACUCAAGACGGACAGUGCCGCGGCCAUCCCACUUAAGACGGACAGUGGCGCGGCCAUCCCACUCAAGACAGACAGUGCCGCGGCCAUCCCACUCAAGACGGACAGUGCCGCGGCCAUCUCACUUAAGACGGACAGUGGCGCGGCCAUCCCACUUAAGACGGACAGUGGCGCGGCCAUCCCACUCAAGACGGACAGUGCCGCGGCCAUCCCACUUAAGACGGACAGUGCCGCGGCCAUCCCACUCAAGACGGACAGUGCCCCGGCCAUUCCACUGAAGAUGGACGGUGGCGCGGCCAUCCCACUCAAGACGGAUAGUGCCGCGGCCAUCCCACUCAAGACGGACAGUGCCGCGGCCAUCCCACUCAAGACGGACAGUGCCGCGGCCAUCCCACUUAAGACGGACAGUGGCGCGGCCAUCCCACUCAAGACGGACAGUGGCGCGGCCAUCCCACUCAAGACGGACAGUGCCAAGGCCAUCCCACUCAAGACGGACAGUGCCGCGGCCAUCCCACUCAAGACGGACAGUGCCAAGGCCAUCCCACUCAAGACGGACAGUGCCGCGGCCAUCCCACUUAACACGAACAGUGCCAAGGCCAUCCCACUCAAGACGGACAGUGCCCCGGCCAUUCCACUGAAGAUGGACGGUGGCGCGGCCAUCCCACUCAAGGAGGGCGGUGGUGCAGCUGUUUCCGGCAAGGAUGGUGGUGAUGCGGCUGUUCCCGGAAAGGAGGGCGGUGAUGCGGCUGUUCCCGGCAAGGAGGACGGUGGUGCGGCUGUUCCCGGCAAGGAGGACGGUGGUGCGGCUGUUCCCGGCAAGGAAGGCGGUGCAGCAGCUGUUCCCGGCAAGGAGGACGGUGAUGCGGCUGUUCCCGGCAAGAAGGACGGUGGUGCGGCUGUUCCCGGCAAGGAAGGCGGUGCAGCAGCUGUUCCCGGCAAGGAAGGCGGCGCUGCGGCUGUUCCCAGCAAGGAGGGCGGUGGUGCGGCUGUUCCCGGCAAGGAGGGCGGUGGUGCGGCUGUUCCCGGCAAGGAGGGUGGUGCAGCUAGGUCAAACUACACCCGAAAAUCUUGGACAAAGCCUAAGCGGAAACGUCUUGUAGUGCCAUACCCGCUUCCGGGGCAUGGUCGCUUCCCACGUCAUCCUGUUAAUGAAGGACAGUUUGCCUACCAACUUGACACGGGUAUGCUGGUCCGUCCACCGGCAUCCGGCAUCAGCAUCGUGUGUUGCAAAUUUAGCGAGGUAUUUCACAACAAGAAUGACAUCUCUGCCUAUGUGUCGUAUCGUGUGUCUGAUAGGGUGAUGUUCAGGCUAAAACACCACGAGACAGAUGGCAGAAACACUAUCAUUGUGCUCCACUGCCCAAACCCGCAGGUGGCACAGCAGCUGCGGAAGGAGAUUCAGAAUGGCAAUGCUGAAUGCCCCACACAGGUGUGGUGCUUUGGAUCCCUGGCUGAGGCACGGGGUGAACAUGUCAGACCACUGAGGGAUCUGCAGAGUUUAUAUCAGCACCACCUGCAGCAGAUAGAGGGAAGGGCGAUGCAGAUGCUGGCCUCUCACUAUGACAAGAUGGAUGAGGUGAAAGAGCAACUGGAAAAACUACGUCAGGGAAAAAGGAACCUAUCACUGGAGGAGUUUGCUGAGUGCCUCAAGUCCCUUAAGGCACUGGAAGACCGCCAUCAAGAGCUGGAAUUACAAAAGGGUGAGUUCCAGAGACACUUGGAGGGUGUCCUUACAAACCUGCAUAAUGCCAAGGACACACAGAAAUUAGAUGCUUUGGCCAUUGAGCUGAGGAAGGACAUGGCCACAGAGUGCAACAGAUUGGAUAAAGCCUUUCCGAUCUAUGCGCGAAGAAGGGACAUUGUCAAGACAGUGAAGAAGAAUCAGGUGUGCAUAGUCAUCGGCGAAACAGGGUCUGGCAAGAGCACCCAGAUGGCCCAAUUCUUCAUGCAGGAAGAUGUGGCGCGAGAAGGCUUGGUGGCAUGCACUCAGCCACGGAAGAUUGCUGCUACCAGCCUAGCGCAACAUGUGGCCAAUGAGAUGGGCUCGGAGGUGGGUGGCCUGGUGGGCUACAAGGUGGGCAUGCAUACCAAGAAAUCGGAAAGCACUAGGAUCCUUUACAUGACAGACCACGUGCUGCUCAACGAGUGUUUACAGGACCCUGCACUAUCACGCUACUCGUGCGUCAUCAUUGACGAGGCGCACGAGCGCAGCAUCUACACAGACCUACUGUUGGGUAUGCUGAGGUCCUGCCUGCAAACACGGCCUGAACUCCGCCUCGUCAUUACUUCUGCUACCAUAAAGCCUGACGUGUUUGUUCGCUACUUUGGCAAGUGUCCGGUGGUAAAGGUGUCAGGCCGCAUGUUUCCAGUGGAAGUGGAGUGGCAAGAAGUCCAGGAUGGCGUGGACAGCUUUGACAAGUACCAGGAAGUUGCUGUUCGCAAAGCGGUGGAGGUGCAUUGCCAAGAAGGGGAGGGCGAUGUGCUGGUGUUCGUCACCUCUCCUGCAGAGACAGAACGCUGUUGUCAGAUGUUCCGUAACCAGCUGGAGGGUCGCCAAGAGGACUAUGUUGUACAGCAGCUGCAUGGGCGGCUACAAAAUGAGGAACAGCAAGAGGUGUUCCAGCCGGCACCGGAAGGUCGGCGCAAGGUGGUAUUCGCCACCAACAGUGCUGAGACUUCUGUCACCAUCCCUGGUAUCAAAUUCGUCAUCGACACGGGCCUGGUCAAGGAGAUGAAGUACGACCCUAUGCGGGGGAUCAGCAGCCUUUCUGUCACUCUGAUCUCACAGAGUUCAGCACGCCAACGUCAAGGGCGCGCUGGCCGCCUUGGCCCCGGCAAGUGUUUCCGCUUGUACACUGAGCAAGACUAUAAGAGUAUGGCACCUGAUGCACUGCCAGAGAUUCUUAAGGUGCAUGUGGGCCAUGCCAUGCUCAAGCUGCUAGAGCUGGGUGUUGACCCUAUGAAAUUUGAGUAUGUUGAGGCACCUUCAACAGAGGCUCUAGAGACAGCCAUUGCCUCGCUGCAGGCCCUCGGGGCAGUGGUAGAGGGGCGCAUCACCGACCUGGGGAGAUGGGUCGCCAAAAUGCCCUUUGAUCCCCGCUUUGGCGUGAUGGUGCACGAUGCCGUUCAGGCUGGAGCAGGACUGGAGGGCAUUGUUGUGGCGGCGACCACAGGCUGCGGUCCCGUGUUCUACCGCGGCGGGUCUGCCAGGGAGAAGGAAAUGGCAGACAAGAGAAAGGUUCCUUUCUGUCAUGAGGGUGGUGACCAGCUGACAGCACUCAACGUGUUCCGUGAAUGGCAUGCGGUGCCAGAGAGGAACCAGGGCCGUUGGUGUCUCACUCACGCCACUAACGGUAAGACCUUGCGUGCUGUACGAGAGACCACCCGCGAAGUACUGCACACACUUGACAAGGAGCUAGGUGUUCAAAUUCCUUUCAAGUUCGGUGAAGCCUGCACUGUGGAUGUCAUACUAGCAAGGCUGCUGUUCCGUACGCUGAGCUCCAACCUGAGUCACUACCUAGGUCACCCAAAGGCAGGCUAUGCCCCUGUCUUCAAGGAACAACGUGUGGACCUGCAUCCGUCCAGUGUUUUGCUACCCUUGGGCUCCCACCCCGAGUGGUUGGUAUUUGAGCAAGUGAUGCGCACUUCGAGCGACUUCGCCAUGCAGGUAACACCUGUGCAAGAGUGUGCAGUAGUGCAGGCAGUUCAGGACGGCUGGCUGCAAUUGGACGUGGAGACUGCCAAGAAGAAAAAGUUAGUGGUGGCAUGUCGUGAGCUAGUGGGGCCACAACUGAUGCGAGAAGUAGUGGGGCCUCGGUACUCGCUCCUGAGGAAUUUCGAGGAAAAGCUAAAUGCUGCUUAUCCUGGUUGCGUGGUGGUGGUGGAAGCUAAUACAGAGAAGGGUGAGCUGCGGGUGCUUUCAUCGCAGCAGCAACAGGCCUCCCUCACGCAAAGUUUCAAAGACGUGGUGCCGCCGCUGCGAGCUAAAUUCAAGGACGAGGAGAGCGAAGAGUCCGUCAGCAGAUCCGAGCGUGGCGGUGUGAGGGCAGUAAUGGGCGCGGGUGGUGUGGUAACUAACCUCCUCAUGCCUGCAGAAUACACUGCUGUGAUGGUGAACUGCCGCCUUGAUGAUGUACAGGACCUCUCUGAGGGUAAAGUGGCUGUAGCCUUGAGCAAACACGGGGCCAUCAAGGAGUGCACAAAGUUCUUUCGUAAGAACAACAAGUCAACACUAUGGGGCAAAGUGGUGUUUAAGGAGCACAAGGCGGCAGCAGCUGCCGUGCAGGAAAGUUAUGACAGACAGAUGAGGGAGAAGCAACGUCGCUUUCAGGAGAAUAGUGAAGAUGAUCCAGAUGAGAAGGAAGAGUCUGAUGAUCUGCACCUCUGUGUUCGACCCAACGUGCGAACCGCGGAGCGUCCUGAUGCUGCCUUCACUGCCAGGAUCCAGUGGUGUCGGCGGCCAUCACGUGGUUUCGGCUAUGUUUCCUUUGUCAAUGUUGAGGACUUCAUGCGGGCGCGGACUGAGUGUGUCUUUGGCGGCAUUACUGUGGGCGAGUCUCGCGCCCGGGUAAAGGUCGCCCGGAAGGAAGCGCAGAGCCUCCACGUUAGUAACUUUGGGCCACUUGUCACAGAGGACGUGUUGCGCGCCGCCUUCGCGGAGAAGCUGAACCUGCACCCGACCCGUGACCUAACCAAGGUGGUGGUGGUGAGGGUGCAAAAGUCCAACAACCCGGAAGAGCGUCACACCUGCAAAAGGCGCCUCAUUUCAGAGAUAGAAAAUUUUGUUCCAAGAGGAAGUUUCCACCUGGAGGUGCAGGAGCCUCGCAGUGACCGUGACGUCAAUUUCUUAGGGUUCUGCAAGUUUAAUAAUCCUGAGCAUGGCCACGCCGCCUGUGUCGCCAUUGAUAAAAAGUUCUACAUGAUGGACACCGUGGUCACUAUGAGACCAAACAUCCGCAGCUCGCUGUUUGUGCACUCUGACGUGUACGCGCAGUGCGGCCAGCAGCUGGAGGCUCUGCAGCACGAGCUGAAGGAUGGCGACGUGCGCCUCGAAAUCAAGAAGCUCAGAAAUAACAAUGUAUUCGUGACGCUGUUCAGUGAUAGUGUGGCGGGGGUGGCCCACGUCCGUGCCCGCCUCAAGCAGCUGGUAUCGGGCGACGUGGUGGAGUGUGGCAACAGUCCAGCCUCCGUCAUCCUCUUCUCCUACGAGGGCAGGAAUCUCCUGAGGGAGGUGAUGGACCGCACACACACGCUGGUGCUGACUGACACCCGCCUUAGGACGUUGUCCAUCCAUGGGCCAGCAGAGCAACGGGAGAUUGCCCGCGGCCUCAUCACGGACUACCUGCGCAUGUUGGCUGACCACCGUGACAACAUACAGCUGCGGGGCGCUUCCCGUCCGCCAGGGCUAAUGAAGGCGCUCAUGAUGAAAUAUGGAGGCGACCUUGAAAAUCUGCGGACCUCGGCAGGACUCGGGACGGUGACCCUUAACCUGCGCCACCACCUGCUGGGCCUGUAUGGGCCGCGGCAGGCUGUGGAGAAAGCCAGGCAGAUGGUGGAAGCCUUGGCAACAGCCCUGCCCCAGAAAAUGACGGAGACAGCCGAGGAGCAGCCCGACUGUCCGGUAUGUUUGUGCCCCGUGGAGUCGGCCGCCCUGCGCCGCCUGGAGUGCUGCGGCCACGCCUACUGCCGCGAAUGCUUAACGCAGCAGGUGAGCACAGCACUCACCAGCAGAACCUUCCCCGUGGAGUGUGUGCAGGAAGGGUGCGGUGCCUCACUGGCCUGGCGGGAUUUCAUCAACGUGUCCCGCGAGGGUCACCUGACCCUGGCACGGUUGGUGCAAGCUGCCGUGGCGGCGCACGUGCAGGCCCACCAGCAGGCCCUGCACUACUGCAUCACGCCGGACUGUCCUGUGGUGUACCGCACUACCAAGGAGGGCGCCCUCUUCGUGUGUCCAGAUUGCGAGGCACGCGCGUGCACGGCGUGCCACGUGCUGUACCACGAGGGCAUAACGUGCGCCAUGCACCGCAGCGCCGAGAAUGACGGGAACGGCUUGAACGACUGGAUGAGGCAGGACACGGGGCGCAGGAAGGUGUGUCCGAGUUGCUCCACGCCCAUAGAGAAGCUGGAUGGCUGCGACAAGAUGACGUGUGAGGCCUGUAGGAAAGUGCUGUGCUGGCAGUGCCUGGCCGUCUUCCUCAGUGAGGACGAGUGCUACAAACACCUCAGGAACCAGCACGGAGGCUACGGCGGCCACUGAGUCUGACUAGUGACCAGGCAGCGGAGGAGUGGAACAGGGAGGGGAGGUGUACCACUAUAAUGAGUCAAUAAAGGUGUGAGUGUUA